CCCUGGCCGACUCUCCCGGUCACACACACACACACACACGCCCAUCGGCGCGCGUUCGGCGUUGACGACACGCAUGGCUCCGCCGUACUGUCUUUCCAGGACCUUCGUUCUCCCAAGAUUCCCAUGGACCUUGGACCAUGGACCAUGGCCCAUGCUGUACUUGUUUCUCCAUCUUUUGCUCCUCCCUCCACACCACACGCGGGCGACUCUCACGGGAACGGGGCAGUAAGGAGCUCUGGAUUAUGAAUCUGGCUUUUGCGGUCAGAAUCCCGCGGGGUCUCCGCACACCUUUCCCCCACAAGGGUCAUAGUGAUGAGAUGAACGUGGGUGGCGGGCGCUUGACGAUUUUUCCUUAAGAGCGAGGUCGUCUCGCUCGCUUUCCUGGGCAGUUGGUUUUUUGUUUUUUGGCUCUCUGUCUCUCUCUCUUUCUAUAUCUCUUCCCAGUCGACUAUCUGUCCGUCUGUCUUGUCGCUCCUCUCCAUCCUCUUGGACAGUUAGGGUCAACAAUUCCCCCUCCCAUUCGAAGAACUUUGGGCAACCUUUGUGCGUAAAAAAAACAACAACACGCCAGUACAGUUGAAAGACAAAAAGACCAUGGGUUCGAAGCUCUACUUCGGCCUCACGGGCAACGCCUUGAGCGUUCUUCAAAUCGCCCUCGUCGUCUGCCCGGCCUUCAUCCUCUUCGGAUACAACCAGGCCGGCCUCGGCGGCCUGCUCACCACUGAGGAUUGGGUCAAGACCUUCCCGGAGAUCGACACCGUCCACACCACCGGCGCCACCAAGAACGCCAACUCGACGCUGCAGGGCUUCGUCGUCGCCACAUUCACCAUCGGUGCCCUCUUCGGCUCCCUCUCCUGCUCCUGGUCCGGCAACGCCUUUGGCCGCCGCAACGUCAUCUUCUUUGCCGGUGUCUGCACCCUCGUCGGCGAGGUCCUCGAGUGUGCCUCCUUCCACCUGGCACAGCUCAUCGUUGGCCGUCUCAUCGUCGGUUUCGGCAUUGGCCAGCUCAGUUCCAUCGUGCCCGUCUGGCAGAGUGAGACGUCCGGUGCCAAGAACCGCGGUCGCCAGGUCGUCCUCACUGGUCUCUUCACCUGUGUCGGUUACGUCUUGGAGAGCUGGAUCAACUUAGGCUUCUGGGAGCUCAAGACCGGCCCCGUCACGUGGCGCCCUCCCAUCGCCAUCGCCAUCAUUUUCUCCCUCGUCAUGAUGGGCAGCAUCUACCUCCUUCCCGAGUCGCCCCGCUGGCUCGUCAUGAAGGGUCAUUCGGAGCAGGCUCGCAGCAUCAUUGCUGCCUUCAGGGGACUGCCCGAGGAUUCUAUGGAGGUCAUGGCCGAAGUCGCCGGCAUCGAGCACUCGCUCGAGGAGACCACUCAGAACGCUGCCAAACUCAGUGACAUGCUCAAGAUGGGCGACGACAAGCUUCUCUACCGCUUCGGCCUCUGCAUCAUGCUCCAGUUCUACCAGCAGAUGUCCGGAAGCAACCUCGUCUCCGUCUAUGCCCCCAUCCUGUUCCAGCAGAACCUUGGCAUGGAGCCCGAGGCGUCCAAGGCUCUGGCUGGUGGCGCCCUCACCUGGAAGUUCCUCUCGUCCUUCCUGGCCUUCUUCGCCAUCGAUCGGUUCGGUCGCCGCGCCGUCUUCAUCUUCAGCGGCUUCGGCAUGUGUGCCUGCAUGACCUGCCUGGCCAUCACGACCUCGUUCCCCAAGGACAACCAGGCUGCCCAGAUCGCCGCCGGCUGCUUCAUCUACCUUUUCAACACCUUCGUCCCCAUCGGCUUCUUGGGCGCCAACUUCCUCUACUGCACUGAGAUCGCCCCCAUCCGUCUCCGCAUGGCCAUGUCUUCCAUCUCCACCGCCAACCACUGGCUCUGGAACUUUAUCGUCGUCAUGGUUACCCCUGUUGCCCUCAACACCAUCGGCUGGCAAUACUACAUCGUGUACGCCGUCAUCUCGGCCUGCAUCCCCGUCAGCGUCUACUUCCUCUUCCCCGAGACCAUGGGUCGCAAUCUGGAGGAGAUUGAGAUGCUCUUCAAAGAGUCUCCUUCGGUGUUCGCCACGGUCAAGUUCGCCAAGAACCGGCCAAUUGCCAUGCCCCAGGAGUUUGAGAGCGACAAGCCGAACCAGAAGGCCGACUACGUAGAGAAGGCUACUGACGACUCUGCCUGAUUGUGUACUACGAAUUAAUGAGUGUGGAAGGGGGGUAGGAGCUUUGCAAGCCACCCCGGGACGUGUCUAGAACUAGCAAGCGGAAAUGAUUUCAGCGACAUAUUCAGCGACUGAAAUAAUACAAACUGCCGAAUCCGGUAUAUCAGCGCAUACAAA